AGUGCUUCUGGCCCCCCGUUUCUGGGGGCUCUGCCUGCUGGAGAGCGAAGCUCACAGCACCUGUUGCUGACCCGUCCUCGCCCCUUGUGUCGGUGGAGGAGCAGCUGGGCAACGAACACAGACAGAGCUGGGGCACGGCUGAUAAACGGGCUCCCAAGCCCCCCAAGCCUGAACCUGAAGCCCAAACCCUGGAGUCCACUGCAAAGAAGCUUACGUCAGUUUCUCGGUGGCAGCAAAUUUGUUGCCAAAGUCUUGUGGCAUAAGAUCCCCGCAGGCCUGGGGCCCUAGCCGGGAACCCCUCACUCCGCAAAUGUCCCAAGCCCAACCCGGGGGCACUCCCACUCGGGGCCCGUUGCCGACACAGGCGGAGGGCGCCCUUGGCAGUGCCUGGGGUCGGGCUGGCUCCCCCGCCCCCCGGAAUGUCCCUCCAGCGCCGCGCAACCCUCCAGCCCAGCCCAGCUCAGCCCAGCCCCGGCCCACCCGGGGAACAAAGCGGCGGGAGAAGCCGGGCGGGCCAAGCCCCGAGGUAUAAACGCGGAGGAUGGAAAAAGGGGCGCGAGGAGGACGGAAGGAGCGGGGAGAUGGAGGCGCCCGCCAAUCCCGCAAGGAAAGUUAGUUUGCGCCCGCCCCCAGGGGCGCUGACCCCCAGCGCGGGCCUCACCUUUCCCGGCCGCCCGCCGGGGUCCGGCUGGCCCUGCUCGGUCCCUGGCACUCUGGACGGUGGCUCCCACUCCCCCCCUGCCCCCCUUUCUCCUUCUCCUUUUCCAAGGCCGGCUCGGCGCCUCCCGCAGGAAAUCCCGCCCCUCCCCCCUCCCUCCCGCCGGAUCGGGAGAGGAGGGACCGUCCCGGCCGCUCAGUCAGGCUGUCAGUCAGCGGCGGAGGCUCCGCCCCCAUCCGUGCCAGGUCCCGCCCCCAUUUUCGUUCGCCCGCACCGGGGGCGCCGACCGGAUCAGCGCAUGCGCCCAGGUAAAACGGAGAGGCGGUGGGUGGUGGAGCGGAGGUGACCUGGGGCCUUGGAGUUAGACCCAAGGGCGAGACACCCCGGGUCUGAGAAGACGUAAAGUGAAGGGGGUUGGCAGCCAAGACGCGGGAUCCCACUUGCAGUACUCUCCGCCCGCGGCCGGUGUCGCCCACCCGCGGCCGCUAGCCGGGCAAUGGCACCACCUAGCGGACGGCGCCGGAGCGGCCCGCGGGGGCGGCGCGGGGACCCCAGCCUCGAGGAGGCGCUCGUGCCGGGCGGAGGUGGCGCUUCAGCACCGUCGCGUGCCGGACAGCGCCUCCCGCCCCUGCCACUUGAAACCUGGCUUCGGAGCUCAGCCGGAGGGACCCGACGGAAGACCCCGAAGGAAUGGCAAACCUUCCCGGACGGCUCCUGACAGUCCCCGGGUGUCCUUUGGCCUGCAAAGUCGGAAUUUGCUCACCCUCCGCUCGCCCUUCUCUGAGCCCUUCUGCCCUCCUUGCCCAGCUCGGACGGUGGGGACUAAACAGCGCGGGGCUGCGCAGGGGCGGUAACACGUGUGACCAUUCUUACUGCCCUCCCAGCCGCCGGCUUCUGAGGCUUUACUGGAGAGAGGUCCCGAGGAGGGCUGGGAAGAGGAGAGGGGGUUCCUGCACCUCCAGCAACCUGCGGGCUGAGUUCCGAGCCUUGGCGUCGGGGCGCGUGCCUCCGGGCGGGCACUAGGACCCGGGAUAGUCAGGAGGGCGCAGAGCGGGCGGGGAAAGGGGCGGGGCUGCCGCGGCGCCACGGAUCGGCGGGCGCUAGGGCAGCGCGGAGCUCCGGUGGUGGGUGGGGCGUAGCGGCGCGCGCAGCGGCAGGCGGCGGCGGGAUGGAGCUUGAGCGCGAGCCCGAACCCCAGCCGGCGGCAGUGGAGGUUCCUGCGGGACGCGUGCUCAGCGCCCGGGAGCUCUUCGCCGCCCGCUCGCGGUCGCAGAAGCUGCCCCAGCGCUCGCAUGGCCCCAAGGACUUUCUGCCCGACGGCUCGGCAGCCCAGGCCGAGCGGCUGCGCCGGUGCCGGGAGGAUCUCUGGCAGCUGCUGGCGGAGCAGCGCGUAGAGCGCCUGGGCAGCUUGGUGGCUGCCGAGUGGAGGCCGGAAGAGGGCUUCGUGGAGUUGAAGUCUCCUGCGGGCAAAUUCUGGCAGACCAUGGGCUUCUCAGAGCAGGGCCGGCAGCGACUUCACCCGGAAGAGGCCUUGUAUCUCCUGGAGUGUGGCUCCAUCCAGCUCUUCCACCAAGACCUGCCACUGUCCAUCCAGGAAGCUUACCAGCUGCUGCUGACCGAUGACACUGUGACCUUCCAGCAGUACCAGUCCAGGGACCUGGCUGGUUGGUCUCUGGUAGAAAAUGGCCUCUCCUUACCUGGAACCCUUGGCUGGAGUGCAGCUCCUUGGACAUGGACUGGAAGCCUCUGCUGGAAGCGUUCUGAGAGAGGCAGCUCUGUCCUGUUCCCGUAUGAGAGGCAGCUUAACUUGGAUGGCAGCAUGCAGCACUUGGAGGAUGGAGACGGCAAAAGAAAGAGGAGCAGCUCCAGCCCUCGGUCCAUCAAUAAGAAGGCCAAGGCCCUGGAGAACUCCCUGCAACCUGAGAGUCUGGCAGCCUCCAGCCCACCUCCCUCCAGCCAGCCCAGCCAAUGCCCAGAGGAGAAACCCCAGGAGUCAAGCGCCAUGAAGGGCCCAGGGGGCCCUUUUCAGCUUCCGGGGUCCCUGGGGCCCAGCCCUGGCCUGGCCAGGGAGGGUGUGGGGUGCAGCUGGGAGAAUGGCAGAGCUGAGAGAGGUGUCACAGGGGCUGGCAAGCCACGCUGGAACUUCGAGCAGAUCUCCUUCCCCAACAUGGCUUCAGACAGCCGCCACACCCUCCUGUGCGCCCCAGCCCCAGAGCUGCUCCCAGCCAAUGUGGCUGGGCGGGAGACAGAUGCAGAGUCCUGGUGCCAGAAGCUGAACCAGCGCAAGGAGAAGCUCUCCAGACGGGAACGGGACCACCAUGUGGAGGCCGCGCGCUUCCGGGAGGAUGUCAAUGCCGAUCCCGAGGUGCAGCGGUGCUCUAGCUGGCGAGAGUACAAGGAGCUGUUGCAGCGACGGCAGCUGCAGAGGGGCCAGAGCCAGGCCCCUCACCUGUGGGGCCAGCCCGUCACCCCUCUGCUGAGUCCAGGCCAGGCCAGCUCCCCAGCCAUGGUCCUUCAGCAUAUCUCUGUGCUGCAGACCACACACCUUGCUGAUGGAGGUGCCUGGCUGCUGGAGAAGUCCGGGGGCUUGGAAAUUAGCUUUGAUGUUUACCAGGCCGACGCUGUGGCCACAUUCCGAAAGAAUAACCCUGGCAAACCCUAUGCCCGGAUGUGCAUUAGCGGAUUUGAUGAGCCUGUCCCAGACCUCUGCAGCCUCAAGCGGUUGUCUUACCAGAGUGGGGAUGUCCCUCUGAUCUUUGCCCUGGUGGAUCAUGGUGACAUCUCCUUCUACAGCUUCAGGGACUUCACGUUGCCCCAGGAUGUGGAGCACUGACCUCACAACCCUGCAGGGGAUGGAGCUUGCCCCAGGGGACCGAGACUGUUUGUUCUCAGGGACCAUCUCGGCUGCCUCCUGCACCCAGACUCUAACCUGUAGCUUCAGGGGCCAGUCUGAGCCUUGGCCCUGGGUGUCUGAUACGAAGAGUGAAACUGUGACCCUCUCCCCUUGCCUGCUGCCUUGCAGAGACCACCCUGGAACUCAGGAUUAGAUUUUAAGGACCCAGGAGGUGAGGCAAAAGAGAGGACUCUGUGCCUUUAACGUGAGCGUGCCUGCUUCCGUGCCAUAAAGCCAAAGCCAUUAAAAACAAAUCUCUUUU